AUGCUACUGACUGUACAAGAAUAUUUUUUGCCCAGUUUACAACAUCUUAUUCAUUUAGUUCGUUCACUUGGGCUACAUUUUCCCCUCCAGAUACGAGUGGAUAAGGCCGUCGGUGCUCUUGUGGAGACCUCGGUAAAUGGACUGCUUGCUGCUGAGUCGUCUUCCCUGAAUUUCUCGUCAUCCCUACAGCCACGCUUCAAAGCACAUGGGGGCAGUGUAGAUGAGUCACUUGCCCUACAAAACGUGCAAGCGCGUACCCGCAUGGUCCUGUCUUAUCUAAUCGCCCAGUUGACGCCAUGGUGUGAGCAGUUGCCAGAUGAUCUGCUUUCUUCUCGUUUAAGGCUAGGCCCUAGAAAGCGUGGUAACCUGUUGAUGCUGAGUAGUGCCAAUUUGGACGAAACUCUACUCGGAUACCUGACCAAGUUAGUUUCGUUUGACCUUUUGUCAACUCUUCUGCGGUUUGGCAUAUAUUAA